AUUUGCGUAGUAUGUGUUCUUAUCUAAUGACAUAUUUUAUUUUUAUCUAUGAGCAAAACUACGCGACAUUGACACCACAGACAAAAAUGUCUCGAUAUAUAGGGCUUUCCGCCCAUAUUCUGGCGUGCUUGUUAAUUCUGGCACAUACAACCCAUGUUGCGUCUCUCCAGUGUUAUACAUGUUCAGGCAUUGACGAUGUUAGCAAUUGCACCCAUAGUGUCCAGUGCACCUCUGACCAAUCGUGUUUCUUAGACACCAUUACCAAUGGUCAAAGUCGGUUGUACAUGUUAGGAUGUAUAGACAGGCAUCAAUGCGGUAUGCAAGGAAGCGGUACAUCUAACUUGAUUGGGCGAGACAUACAACAACGCAACAAAGACAGAUGUCAUGAAUGCUGCGGCAAUGAUAACUGCAACAAACAUCUUUGCGUACAUCUAAAACCCACACAAUGUACUGAUGACGCAAGAGUUGACUGUUCUUUCCUCAGCACCGUGACUGACAUAUGCAAGGAUAUCCAUCAUGCGAAGAAAGUAUGCCCGCACUUUUGUGACCUCUGCUCCUUGGUCGAUGGCAUGUGGUCUCUAUGGAGCACGUGGUCGUCUUGUGACGUCACAUGUGGAAAUUCCACACAGACUCGGACUCGAACUUGUACAAACCCUUCCCCGGCAAAUGGAGGUUUAAACUGCUCUGGAAAUGCAACCGACACAACAGUGUGUAGCAAACAAGAAUGUCCUGGUAAGUGUAAUAGGAACUUUUUAGUACAUGGUGGAUGGACGACUUGGGCCACGUGGGAGGUAUGUUCUGUAACAUGUGAUAUUGGAUUGCAAAAACGUCACCGGACGUGCACGAACCCGGUACCUUCAAGAUUUGGUGAUCACUGUUUCGGUGAUCCGAAUGACGUCAGGAUUUGUAAACAAGGACCAUGCGCUAAUGGAGGCUGGACACAAUGGGGAACUUGGAGCAGUUGUAGCUUGACAUGCGGCGGUGGGGUGCGAUCCCAGUCUAGAACAUGUACAAACCCACGGCCUUCUUCAAGUGGGGCGUACUGUGAAGGUGACAAUGUAAAAGUUACAGCUUGUAACACUGGUAGUUGUGUUCCAAACAUUAUCUUUAACGCAUAUCAAUUGACUGACCUGACUCCUAUCAUCAACCAGACCAUGGUUUUUACCCAAAUCCUUGUUAACGACGGUAAUGCUUACAAUUCUUCGACUGGAGUCUUCACGGCACCAACUAAUGGAACAUAUUCUUUUAGUGCUCAGCUAUGUAUUGUGUCAGUUCAUAACGGCUUUUUUGCAAUUAAAGUCAACGACAGAACUGUGGUUUCUAAGUAUUUAUAUGGAUACAACUCACUUGAAUGUGGAUUUCUUCAAACUGUGGCGAGAAUAAAGGAUAAUGACAGAGUGAUUGUACAGUGGGGGGAAUAUUCUUACCCAAAGAAUAUUGUUCUAGCACAAGCCAAUUACUCGAGAAAUUUCUUUGCAGGCUCUUGGCUUUCCGUUCAUAUUCUGGUGUGCUGGUUAAUUCUAGCUCAUGCAAACCAUGUCGCUUCUCUCCAAUGUUACACUUGCACAGACAUAAGUGAUGUUAGCAAUUGUACUCAAAGCGUCCAGUGCAGCUCUGACCAAUCAUGUUUCUUAGACACAACCACCAAUGGUCAAAGUCUUAUGUACACUUUAGGAUGUAUAGACAAACAUCAAUGCAGCAUACACGGAAGCGGAACUUCUGAACUGAUAGGUCGAGACGUUCAAGAAAGAAACACUGACCGAUGUCAUGAAUGUUGUGGCAUUGAUGAUUGCAACAAACAUCUUUGCGAGCAUUUUAAACCAACAACGUGUAUCGAUGACGGAAGAGUUGAUUGUGCUUUCCUAAACACCGUGACCAACAUAUGUCAAGAUGUGCAUCAUGCUAAGACAAUAUGCCCACGCUUUUGUGAUCUCUGCUCUUUGGUCGAUGGCAUGUGGUCCGCAUGGAGCACGUGGUCGUCUUGUGACGUCACAUGUGGAAAUUCCACACAGACUCGAACUAGAACAUGUACAAACCCUUCACCAAAAAAUGGAGGCUUAAAUUGCUCUGGGGAUGCAGCCGAUAUGAAAGUGUGCAACAAACAACUUUGCCCUGUACAUGGUGGAUGGACUACAUGGGCCGAGUGGGAGGUAUGUUCCGUAACAUGUGAUAUUGGUGUGCAAAAACGUCACCGGAAGUGCACGAACCCGGUUCCAUCAAGAUUUGGUGAUCACUGUUUCGGUGAUCCGAUUGACGUCCGGAUUUGUGAACAAGGACCAUGCGCUAAUGGUGGCUGGACAGAGUGGGGAACUUGGAGUAGUUGUAGCUCGACAUGCGGCGGUGGGGUGCGAUCCCAAUCUAGAACAUGUACAAACCCACGACCUUCUUUAAGUGGGGCUUACUGUGAUGGCAAAGAUAUGAAAGUUACAGCUUGCAAUACUGGUACUUGUGUUCCAAACAUUAUCUUUAACGCAUAUCAUAUAACUGACCUGAGUCCCGUCGUCAACCAGACAAUGGUUUUUACCCAAAUCCUUUUUAACGACGGUAAUGCUUACGAUUCUUCUACCGGAGUCUUCACGGCACCAAUAAAUGGGACAUAUACUUUUAGUGCUCAGCUAUGUGUACAAACGAAAAGCAACAUGAAUUUUGGAAUAAAAGUCAACGACAGAACUUUGGUUGCUAAGUACGGAUAUGAAGAAAACUGUAGAUUACUUCAAACUGUGGCGAGAAUUAAGGAGAAUGACAAAGUGACUGUACAGUGGGGCCGAUGGUCUUACCCAAAUACUGAUAUUAUAACAGAUAGCACUAUUAAUAGAAAUUUUUUACAGGGUCUUUAAUACAUGUUUAAAAUU